GCCCCACCCACUUGGGAUUAAAUUAUUUCUUUUUUUUUUUUUUAAUGCAGGAAUUAAAUUGUUCAAAUAGCUAUAAAAUCGUAGCAGCGGCGGAAAUCCGAAUCAAGAUACCGGUUUCUGAGCUUUAGGACAGCCGCCCUGAUUUUUAUUUUGAUUUCUCGGCCGGCCAAAAUCAACGAUGAUUCACUUUGUGCUUCUAAUUAGUCGGCAAGGGAAAGUUAGGUUGACAAAAUGGUAUUCUACUUAUACUCAGAAGGAAAGAACAAAGGUUAUCCGCGAGCUCAGUGGAGUGAUUCUCACAAGAGGGCCCAAACUCUGUAAUUUUGUGGAAUGGAGAGGAUUUAAAGUCGUUUAUAAAAGAUAUGCUAGUCUUUACUUCUGCAUGUGCAUUGACCAGGAUGACAAUGAAUUGGAGAUUCUAGAAAUUAUUCAUCACUAUGUUGAGAUUCUUGACCGAUACUUUGGCAGUGUCUGUGAAUUGGACUUGAUCUUCAACUUUCAUAAGGCCUACUACAUAUUGGAUGAAAUAUUGAUUGCUGGUGAACUUCAAGAGUCGAGCAAGAAAACUGUUGCACGAUUAAUAGCUGCACAGGAUUCACUGGUGGAGACCGCAAAAGAGCAGGCCAGUUCCAUUAGCAAUAUAAUUGCACAGGCCACGAAGUAGGUUAUGACGAGUGAUUGCCAUUUGUCUUGGGUUGAUUUUGGAGUAUCAUCUGUACUAAAUUCAUUUUGAAUUUCAUUUUGAGAACUGAAUUGUAUGUUAUGAAUGUAGGUAGAUCUGAAAGAUUUUGUAGAAUUGACAGCUUUUCAUAUCACACAUAUUAUCCUAUGUAUAUGGUCAUAUAUUUGGGUUUCAAGCGUGAGUUUGGUGGCUACAGUCCUCAGUCCUUGUUGAUUUUGUUCAUUUUGAAUUUGAUAUUUUCAUUGUUGUCUUUUACUGGCAUCAGCCCAGAGGAAUAUUAAAAUGAUGCAUUGGCCCUGUGCCGUGGCCGAGUCCAUAUUUAACCAUAUGAGG